AAAACUAUAUUUCUUUUAUUUAUCUAGCUGAAAAAUAUACAGAAUAUGAUCAGAUUAACAAAAGGAAAUUUAGAAGCAUUAAAUGCAAGGUUUGCUGAAUAUCAGCAUCCUCCAUCAAUGUAUAUAACAGAAUAUGAAGAUCUGACUAGUAAAUUAAACGAAUUUCAAUUGAAAGAACAGAAAUUAUUAGAACAGAUAGAUGUAGAAAGUAAUGGAAGGGAUUCUCCUGAAUUUUGUGAUCCUGAUUAUGACGAUGGAAGAUUUGGUGAUUUUUCUUCUAGUACUCAAUUGCUGCCUAAUAAUAAUCAAGGAAGUUUCUCAGGAACCUGUAUUGAAAGUGGCCAGCAUAUUGGAUUAAGAUCACCUUUAAGAUCUGUAGUUAGAGCAUAUUUGCCCAAUCAGCAACGAACAACAGUUCAAGUAAAAGCCGGACAGACUGUACGUGAAGCAAUGUCUAAAGCACUUAAAAGAAGAAAGUUAACUCCUGAAAUGUGUAUAGUAUUCAAGAAUGAAUCAAAGUAUCAUGUGAGAAAAACAUUUUUUACAUUAGCUUUUUGUGAAUGCUGUCGUAAAUUUCUGUUUCAUGGUUUUCGAUGCCAAACUUGUGGUUACCGAUUUCAUCAAAGAUGUGCUGCUGGUGUACCAACGUUGUGUCAGCCAUUAAGAGUAGAAAGUGAAAUUAAUUAUUAUAAAUAUUUAUUAGCUUUAAAUAAUACAUCAUCUACUACAGGAGACUUACAACAAGCAACAGGUUUUCCUAAUCAUCUAAAUCAAUGUUUUUACCCUUCAACUUCUAAUACUAUUCCUCAACAAGUAUCUCGACCUCAUCCUCCACCUUUAGGUCAAAGAGAGAGAUCAACCUCAGCUCCUAAUGUUUGUUAUAAUCUAGUUGUGAAUCCCUCAGAAGAAGAAUUUGCUUUAAUUUUGUAUAAUACAAAUAUGAAAGAUAGAAACACAGCAUUGCAUUCUUCUUCAAGAAUGCUUAAGAGAUUAGAGAAAACUGUUAAAGGAUGCAAAUUUGAAAGAAUGCACGGAUGUUUAGCUCUCCCUUUUGGUGGUCGUUCAACAAGAAGUUCCUCCACAACUGUACAUAGUCCUAGUUCAAGCCCUACAAGAACACAGAGUGCACAAGGUUCUCCUACAAAUACACACAAACCCUGGAGACCACGUGCUCGAUCAGCUGAUGAAAGUACAAGAAAAAUUAAACCAACAAGGGAGAGUAUUGAAGAUUGGGAAAUUCCUGAAGAUGAAAUUCAAACGGGUCAUAGAAUUGGCGCAGGUUCAUUUGGAACUGUAUAUAAAGGACAUUGGCAUGGACCUGUAGCAUUAAAAAAAUUGAACGUAACGAAUCCCACUCCAGCUCAAUUAGAGGCUUUUAAAAAUGAAGUUGCAGUGCUUAGGAAGACUAGACAUGUUAAUAUACUGUUAUUCAUGGGUUAUGUUUCCAAGCCUCAGUUGACUAUAGUAACGCAAUGGUGUGAAGGAUCAACUUUAUAUAAACAUAUUCAUGUUUUAGAAAGCCGAUUUGAAAUGUUUGAUUUGAUUGAUAUUGCUCGACAAACAGCUCAAGGAAUGGACUAUCUUCAUGCAAAGAACAUAAUUCAUCGUGAUUUAAAAUCAAACAACAUUUUUCUUCAUGAAGACUUAACGUCAGUAAAAAUUGGAGAUUUUGGAUUAGCAACUGUAAAAACACGAUGGAGUGGAUCACAUCAGUUCAAUCAACCUAGUGGUUCCAUAUUAUGGAUGUUACAGAUUUUGGCUUCAUUAGAAUCAUUAGUUCAAUCUCUACCAAAAAUUCAUAGAAGUUUAUCGGAACCAACCUUUAAUUGUUCACAUUUACAAUCAGAAGAUUUUAUUUAUCUCUGUGCAUCUCCAAAAACACCUAUCAAUAGUCAGUUUGGAGCAUUUCCUUUGUUUUCAUCUGGAAACAAUAUGUGAUUCGAGGUAUCAACUUUUGGAAUCCACAUUCAGCCUUCAAUUUUCUAUACAAUUUGUGAUUCUGAAAAAAUCUUGCAGCUACAUGUUCCUCCCUUUCCCAUGAAACAAAGAUGUGAUGCAUCUUCCUUAAAGAUAUUGCAAGGUGUCCAAGAUGAAACAAUAAUACUGAAUGAUAAUAUUAACUGACUGAGCAAACAUUAUGGAUCUUAGCUUUUUGUUCCUUGCUAUGAUUAGCAAUAUUGACAUUUUAUUAAUUGUUAAGUAGUGACAUUGAACAUCAGAUUUGAUGUGGAUAAAAUAGUAAGUUAUGUUACAUUUGGUAUAGUUAGUGAUGUCAAAUAUAUUGAAAUUAUGAUUAUAGUGCUCUGUAAAAAGUAUCAUAUCAGCAGUGCCUGGAUAAAGACUUGUUUUCAAGAGUAUUUGGCUGUAAAUAUAAGAAAUAACUAAGGUUCUGCAACAUAAAUUUGAAUAAACA